AUGGGAAUGUUUGACGCUUGGCAACUAGUUAGCCAAGGAAUCACUGACGAGGACCUUAUUAGACGACUUCUGCGUCACAGUCAAAACAAGAAAAAUCAACUUUGUGAUUCGGAUAUUGUCUUUCUUCGCGCUUUCCUCGGAAAUAUGCAGCUGAAGCGAUGUCUUGAGCUAAUAGAUACGACGACAUCUGGUGCCAGCCAACAGCCGCUGACCCGUGAAGUUCGUCCACCGGAUGGCCGUGAGCGGGACAGCCUCAAAGCGCUAUCUGACUUAUGGGUCGAUUUGGAGCAGUUUGUCAUGCAAACUCGUGAAUCUGAUGAACCGGAGGCGCAUGAACUCUACGAUUUGCUUGCAGAUCCUCACAUUCGGGAAGUUCUUGUGGCAUAUGACGAUGUGGCCAACUCUCGUUACUACACCGAAGAUUUUGACUUAGUUCCCGUUUAUACCGAAUCCGGCCCAUACGGACGUCGAUCAGCCUCUCACUCUCCUGUGUCCACUGGAUCUCAAAAACGCGGUGGUACACCAACACGUUCCUCAAAACAUCAGGAAUCUCUGCGGAAUAGCCAGCAUGAGGUGCAUGAUGACAGUCUGGGCGAGAUCACCGUCGUUUCGGACUUGCGAUCUGGGAAUACCACUCAGAACAAUCGAUCACCACACAGUGGCGCAGUGGAUCUGUCUGAUCAGGAUGAUUCAGAUGCACAAGUUUCACCCAUAACCGGCUUAUCGUCAACAAAGUCGUCGCAACAUGUUAGACCAGACUCCACUGUUGGUCGGGUUCGGCGCACUUCCGACUUUGGAUCGUCACACGAGGUCAAUCGACCUGAAUCUCUCAAGUCACACAGCUCCACGAAACGGUCUUCCAAACAGCAACAGGAAGGAUUUCGAGAAAAGACUACUUCUCUCUCACGAUCCGGAAAGCGCAACAAUCGUCAUUCUCAGUCUGAUAGUGACACUUCACUGACUGCUGUUCCUAAAAACGACAAUCCGCAUCUCUCAUCACCAUCGGUAUCGCGUCGUGCCCGUGACUCCAGUCAUACUCGAGAUUCAAAUCAUCCAGUUCAAUCGCCGAAAUCUCUCACUCGACAGGAUUCUCAAACCGGGAAGCCCCCAAUCGCGGUGAUAAAGCCCGCGGACAGUACACCCAGAGAAAACCCUUACUCUCCGGGAGUCAAUUCGAAUUCCGCAGAUCUGUCUCGACGAGACGGAAAUAGGAAAUCCUCCACCAACUAUCCAUCUGCUAGUCUCCCAGAUCGAAACCAACGCCAUUCGAAACACUCCAGGUCGGGUGAAACAGGACCUCCUGUUCCUGAAACACAAAGUCUGGCAAGACGCCCCUCUCGUCAGAGCACGCGUUCGUCGAAGGAUGCACGCGAAGUACGACUUCCUAAACCGGGCGAAGUCCGUGUCAUCAAACUGCGACGUGAUCAUCCUGGAGAACCAAUUGGAAUAACAAUUGCCGUGCGUACACCAUCACCUCCGGCACAACCAAACAAUUCUACAAAGACUGAAGUGAUCAAUCGAAGCCCUCCGGUUCUCACCAUUCAACGCAUCAUGGCCGGAUCGUUGGCGGAUCGAAAUGGUAUGUAUACCGUUUUUCUUGCAUAUACUUUCGCCCCCACCCCGUUUCCCCUAGAAUUAUUUGCGGUUAUACACACUGUAAAUUACGUUCAUUCAGUUAGAAAUUAUCAAAGAAACAUUGUGUUACUGGCCACUUGUUUCCAUCCCUAG